AUGGGUGCUGUUUAUGAUGAUGCAGCUGCCAUUUUCGAUUUAAAGGCAUCUUUUUUCCAGGUAGGCUUGCCGGAAAAGACACGCAGAAAUUUCCGUUGCCGUACGGAAAGGGAGGGGGGGGGGGCUGGUCGAGGCCACGCGGCACCCCAUGGGGUACAAACGCAGCCCGCAAAUCAUGCAUACCAUCACAAGGGUUUGGCUGGGGACCCGGAAUCCGUUAAACUACGUAAUGCGGCCCCGCAGGAGUUAGCUCUACACGCGUGGUUGGAUGAUAUUCGUAUCGCGGGGCCGCGUAAAAGCGUAGAUUUUUGGGCGGAACGCCAUUGUGGAAAACGUGCGCGAAUGCAAUGCCAUGCUUGGGGGGCACGGGCCCCCGCCGCGCGUUAUGAAUUCACAUGGGUUUGUUUCGGCCAUACGGCUAAGACGGUGCCGUUCAGGGGCAAAACGUUACGGAAACUGAGGGGCGUUACGUCCCCCCACAAGACUUCAGUGGGGGGAAUUGGCGGCCUCGCUUCGAGUCUGGUGUGUGCGGCGGGGGUUCGCUUUUUCGGCAUUAUUUCUUUUUGA